AUGGGAGGGGGAGCGGACAGAAGGCGAGCGCUUUCGCUCUUGUCGCGCACCCUAUCUUACGCCACGUCAGCAUCCCUAGAAUCCAAUCGCGUGCCGUCCUGCUCUUCCUACUCCUCGCUGCUACUGCUGCGACGCGGACUGUCGUCGCCUGCCGCCUCUCUCUCGUCGCCUAGCGUCGCACCGUCCAUCCCCGCACGUCGCCGCCACUCACUACCGUCGCAACACACCCCUCGCCUCGCCCUACACACCGCUCGCCUCUCGUAUCCCCUCGCCGCUAGUCGCAAAGCGUUACCACCCGUAAGCGUCGCCUCCUCCGCGGGUUUUGUGGGUCGUUCCACGUCCGCCCGUGCACUCUCGACACGUGGCGGCUGCUCAGAUGGACCGAAUGACGUGGCAGCGUUUCGGGUUUCCCCCGAUGGUCGAGACGGUUUAGGGGACGGUUUCUCUCAUUCGAGCGACGGCGACAGGUCAAGGCGCCGCACGCUGCGAUGCCUGUCGCAGCCAGUCGAGGAUUUCAUGCGACCGUUCGUCGACGUGUCGCCCGCGAUGUCGUCGUCGCACGGUGGUCGCUGGUUCGUCGCAGAGGGAGAAGGACGGAAUGUGUAUCGUAACAGAGAAACUAAUAAAGGGUACGUCGUGGAUUCGUUAAACGAAGCAGUCGCCUCAUGCGAUGCCCUCGUCCCUUUGUCGCACACUUUCGCAGCAUCGUCGCCAUCCGAGGUGGCGUCGCCUCGAAUCGUCGCACAGGAAGCGGAAUGGGCGGACGACUUUCCACUCUCGUUUAACAGCUUCCCCGCUGCGCCCACUUCCCCCGCUAUGCUUAGCGCACAGCGCGCCCAUUCCGCCGGUAUCUGCGCUAGCCGCCCCGCCGCGUGGCCCAACGCGCGCCUCGAGGGGCCGGGGGGAGCGUGGGCGGUGCCCGUGUGGGUGGAAAUAGCGGCGACGGCGGAAGGGGGAGCGGGCGGAGAUGGGGGGAACGGAGAGGGCGGUGUGGGGGGAGGCGGAAGCGACGGCGCGGUUUCCGGGGGUGGCGGAGCGGCGGGAGCACGUGGUGGAGGCGGAGGGGGGAAUGGGCGCGGGGACGAGGAGCUGCUGUGCCCCGACUGCCGCGCGCCCCUCUCGCUCCUCUCUUUUCCCGCGCUUGCCUUCCCCCAUUCCCCCUCCUCCCCUUCCGCGUCCGCGCUAUCUCCCCCCAUGUCCACGGCGGAGGCCCGCGCCAGCGGGCGCGCGGUGCUGUUCUGCCGCCAGUGCCAGCGAUUCACCGACAGGCCAGUGGCGGGGGGAACAGGGGAGGCGGAGAAUGGGCGGAAGGGGAAAGACGAGGAGGAGCCGCAAGUGACGGCAGAAGGGCAGCGCGCAAGCGGGGGAAAGGGGGAAGAACUGGGGAAGGGCAGGGGCGGGGGGGGCGCAAGAGUCGGGGAGUUUGUGGAGGCGGACUGGUAUGAGGCGGACUGGAAACACGUGUUCCCCCUUUCCGCCAUCCGGGCCGCGCUGGAUGAAUUUGUGAUCGGGCAGGAUAAUGCGAAAAAGGUCCUGGCUGUGGCGGUAUACAACCACUACAAGCGCAUCUUCCUUGAAAACCAGAAGCGGGAAAGACUUGCCAACCUGCCUGAGGGGGCGUGCGAGAAUCUGGUCGGGGGUGAGGAGGACGAGGUGGAGGUGGAGAAGAGCAACGUGCUGCUGAUGGGACCCACGGGGUCAGGAAAGACCCUACUAGCCAAGACUCUGGCUCGGUUUGUCAACGUGCCGUUUGCCAUUGCUGAUGCCACCACCCUCACUCAGGCGGGGUACGUGGGGGAGGACGUGGAAAUGAUCCUUUAUAAGCUGCUCCAGAGCGCCAACUUCAGUGUAUCAGCAGCGCAGCAGGGCAUUGUGUAUAUCGACGAGAUCGACAAGCUCACCAAGAAGGCGGAGGGCAUAACGAGCACGCGGGAUGUGUCAGGGGAGGGCGUGCAGCAGGCACUGUUGAGAAUGCUUGAGGGUGCUGUGAUCAAUGUGCCCGAGAAAACAGGGAGGAAGAACCCAAGAGGCGAGUUCAUACAGCUGGACACGCAGAACAUUCUCUUCAUCUGUGGAGGAGCAUUCGUGGAUCUUGAGAAGACGAUAGCAGAGAGAAAACGCAAGUCGUCGAUCGGCUUCGGAGCACCUGUGCGAGCAUCGCUACGCAACCGAUCGGUGCUUGACGCCCGCACUGCUGGCUCGCUUCUGCAAUCGGCGGAGAGCACGGAUCUGAUAGCCUACGGGCUCAUUCCCGAGUUUGUGGGUCGAUUCCCGGUGCUGGUGGGGCUACAUGCGCUCACAGAGGAGCAGCUCGUGCAGGUUCUCUUAAAGCCCAAGAAUGCCCUCAGCAAGCAGUUCGCAAAGCUACUGGCCAUGAACAAUGCCCGUCUGCACAUGACGGAGGGCGCAGUGAGGGCCAUAGCGCGCAGGGCAGCAGCGCGCAACACGGGGGCCAGGGGGUUGCGAUCGCUGCUGGAGGGGCUGCUUACCGAGGCUAUGUACGAGGUCCCCAGCAGUCUAGUGGAAGCAGUGGUGCUGGACGAGGCGUCAGUGGGGCACGAGGGGGAGGAAGGGGACGACGGUGUACCAGGGUGUGGGGCCCACAUUCUGCAAGGGGAGGGGGCGUGGGAGCGGUGGUUGCAGGAGAACGAGGGUGGAGGAGAGAAGGCAGGAGGCAAGGGAGAGGAGGGUCAGGCACGCAAUGCCAGAAGUUACACUCCGCCAUUCCGCGCUGUCCCCACGUCACGCCCCCCGCUCACUCACCUUCCCCCUGCCCUCCCCUCACCUUCCCCUCUGCCCUCCCCUCACCUUCCCCCCUGCCCUUCCCCUGCCGUUCUUCACCCUCCUGCCUUCCCCUCACUCCAUCUUCCCGCGGCAAAUUUCUACCCCGCCCGCUCCCAAUCCCUACUCCAUCCCUUCAUUCCCUCCACUCCCUACCCCUCUCCCACUCGCUCUCACCUCCACCUGCCCGCCAGACACCUCCUUUCAGACCCCGCCGGGCAGAAGAAAAAGAAGAGCGGAGUCACAACAGCAGAGGACGUCGAGUUUUUUCUGCGCCGCCGUUUCCCCUCCUGCAAGCUGGAAUACAUCGGCGGGCAGCCCGGGCAGGCGAAAGAAAAAGGCGAGGGAAUCGUGUGGCCUGUGUGUUCUGACCACCUGCGGCCAAGAGGGGUCGUGUACUCGUUUGGUGUCGGCCCGAACCUCUUGUUUGAGGGAGAGAUGACUUUGAGAGGCCAGCAGGUGUUUGUGUUUGACCCAUUCAUCAACGACACCACCUUCGCCUCCAUGCUGCAGCCCAUCAAGGGCCUCUCCCCCCGCCGCUCCCCCCAGUUCCGCCCCUUUGCCCUCGGUCCCCGUGACGGUGUUGCCCUCUUCCACCCCAUACCCUCUCCCUCCUCCUCUUCCUCCUCCUCCUCUCCCUCAUUCUCUGCAUCCUCUGCUGCUUCCUCCGCGUCUUCGGCUCAAGAGUCUCGGGAGGCGGCAGUGCUGCGCCUGCGCACGUUCAUGUGCAUGCACUCCCACCGUUGGAUUGAUAUCCUACGGCUGGAUAUUGCCGGGCUCGAGCUCGAUCUGUGUGAGAAUGCUGCUGCAGCAACAGCGGGAGGAGUGGGGGGAGGGGGUUUAGGAGGGGGAGAUGCAUUCGGAACGAGUGUGGGCGAUCUGACGCAACAUGGCGCCGCGGCACUGGCCGAGAAGACCCCUGUGGGGCCCACGCCUGGGAGCGUUCCGAUUGGCCAGGUGGCGGUGAGGUUCCAUGCUGAGCUGGCGGGGAGGGACGGGGCAAAGAGGCGGCGGAAAUGUGAGGAGACGUUUGCAGCGUGGGGACUGAAGAGAGUGCAUGUGAUGGGGGAUGGAAGCACCGUGCUGUUUGCUCGCACUGAUGCUCCUGCUGCGUUGUAA